CACCCUUUUUCUCUGGCUGCGCAGCACUGAGCUCUCGCGAGGUUUUGAGGCAGAAAGUACGCCUCUGCCUAUCCCAUCGCGAGAUGUGGGGGCCCUGUAACUUGUGUAAGAACUGCGGGGGUAUAACGACUGCAUCAAUAAACGCGUAUCAUAGACCCCGGGCUCGUACGUGCAAAACCGAAUUAAUUGCAAUAAUUAGCCUCUUGCAUAGGCAGUAGUGUGCAACACUCGCGGGGAUGACGGAGUUAAGGCAUCGUGGACCGACGGAGAAGGAUUUGUUGCAACAGCAGCAGGAGUCGGAGUCGGAGGUGCGGACGGAUGGAGAAGCCCCCUCGGACAGCGAGAUCAAGCCCGACCCGGGGGUGCCCCCUACUGUCGACGACACCCCCGAGGUCCUCAGCAAAGCCCUGUCAGGAAUGUCGUCACGAUGGAAGAACUGGUGGGUGCGCGGGAUCCUGACUCUUGCCAUGAUCUCCUUCUUCUUCAUCAUCAUCUACCUCGGUCCCAUGGUCUUAAUGAUGAUCGUCCUCUGCGUUCAGAUCAAGUGUUUCCACGAGAUCAUCAUGAUUGGUUACAGCGUCUAUCACUCCUACCACCUGCCCUGGUUCCGCACCCUCAGCUGGUACUUCCUGCUCUGUGUGAACUACUUCUUCUAUGGCGAGACGGUGACGGAUUACUUCUCCGCGCUGGUUCAGAGGGAAGAGCCGCUGAGAAUCCUCAGCAAGUACCAUCGCUUCAUCUCCUUCACGCUCUACCUGACAGGGUUCUGUAUGUUUGUCCUGAGCCUGGUGAAGAAGCAUUACCGGCUGCAGUUCUACAUGUUCGGCUGGACCCAUGUGACGUUGCUGAUUGUGGUGACUCAGUCCCACCUCAUCAUUCACAAUCUCUUUGAAGGAAUGAUCUGGUUCAUCGUUCCUAUCUCCUGUGUGAUCUGCAAUGACAUCAUGGCGUACAUGUUUGGCUUCUUCUUCGGACGGACCCCCCUUAUCAAGUUGUCUCCUAAGAAGACCUGGGAAGGGUUUAUCGGAGGGUUUUUUGCCACGGUUGUGUUUGGUCUUCUGCUCUCCUAUGUCAUGGCUGGGUGGCGCUACUUCGUUUGUCCGGUGGAGUUCAACAACGACUCGAACCGCUUCGAGGUGGACUGCGAGCCCUCGGACCUCUUCCAGCUGCAGGACUACACCCUGCCCUCCGUGCUGCAGUCUCUCAUUGGCUGGGAGACCGUGCGCAUCUAUCCCUUCCAGAUCCACAGCGUGGCGCUGUCCGCCUUCGCCUCGCUCAUGGGGCCCUUUGGAGGAUUCUUUGCCAGCGGCUUCAAGAGAGCCUUCAAGAUCAAAGAUUUUGCCAACACCAUCCCCGGUCACGGAGGGAUCAUGGACCGAUUCGACUGCCAGUAUCUCAUGGCCACGUUUGUGAACGUCUACAUCGGCAGUUUCAUCAGGGGUCCUAAUCCUAGUCGGGUGAUGCAGCAGCUCCUCGCUCUGCGGCUGGACCAGCAGCUCCACAUCUUCAACACGCUCCGAGCACACCUCAUCGAGAAGGGACUGCUCUCCGCCAUCGAGGAGGCAGCAUAGCGGGGAGGAGGAGAGGGGCGGGGUC